AUAAAAAUCUAGCAUUUUAUAUUGGUCCCUGGGAUAUCAGAGUUCUGCUGGGGAUCUCUGUACAUGUUUAAAAACCCUGUGGUUUAGAGGUUGCUCUGAAAGAGGAAACAAGGAAAUAGUGGUGAAGUGGUAAAUGUAAAAUCUGGCACCUAGUGCGGGAUCCAGAUGUCACGUAAUACGUGCCUGCUUUUUAUAUAGAAGAAAAGAGGGAGGGUUGACUACGGUAUGUUUCUCCCCCUCCCAUAACACAUACGUGAUCAUCACCCCCCAAAAACACCUUUUAACCAAUAACGACGUAGCGCUCGGGACAAACGCGGAAUGGACACCUUUUAAAGCUCGUUCCUCCUCCUGUAUUGGCCGUUUCCUGGAGGGUGUCAUUUUCAGGUCGUGGAGAUCACUGCCUGUGUUUAUACUGUUACACAGGUUUAGUCCUCGCAGACCUGGACGAGAAUUGUACACAUCAGCAUCGGGUUUAGGUCAGAGGAUUUGGGGCUUUGUAUGGCUGUAGUUGUGUCUCUAGAAAGCCAGACAUGUUUUCAAGCUGAUUAAUAGUUUUAUAAUGAGUGCUGACAGUGCUGUUCUUAUGUAGCCUAGUUGUACCUGUCCUUGGUGCUGAAACUGACCGGUGCAUUUUAAGGAAUCGUUUUUGAAGGAGUGUACGAGGACAAAUUCAACAAAACUGACCUGCAUUCAACAACAGGAGGAUAAUCUGGUAAAAAUCGCUAAGUUAAAAAGGUGGACCUUUUUUUUCCUGGGACAGGAUCACAAGGAGUUUGACAGACUUUUUUUAUGGCCAUAAUUAUAAUUUAAUUUUACUGUUUUGAGUCAAAACAUUUUCUUUGUAUCACCAAAACCAGUGUCAAAAAGGACAAAUGUACAUUUGAUAUCGAUCUGUCUCGCGAUGGAAGUAUCAAACGGGUCAAGCUUUGGGAUCGAGUCAUUACUCAAUCAGAGACCGAGCAGUCCGUGUAUGUCGAAGAGGGAGUGCAUGUCUCCAGCGGAGUUGAGCCCGCGGUCGGACCUGGACAGCGGCUGUUCGUCGCCUCCCUCCCCGAGGCGGACUUCGGUGGAAGACGCGGUGCAAAGACACGCUCGAGCUCUCGGACUGGACUCUCCUUUACAAUUAUCCCAGCAGCCGCGAACAGUCACGUCCUCGUUCUUGAUCAGAGACAUACUAGCGGACUGCAAACCAUUGGCAGCUUGUGCUCCUUAUUCCAGCACUGGACAGUCAGCACAAGAUGCUGAAGACUGUAUGGACAAACUUCACAGCAAUUCGUCCUCGGACAGUGAAUACAGGGUGAAAGACGAAGCUGAUCGAGAAAUCUCCAGCAGCAGAGACAGUCCCAGCUCCCGGCUGAAGAAGCCUCGUAAAGCGCGCACUGCGUUCUCUGAUCAGCAGCUCGCGCAGCUCGAGCGCAGCUUCGAGCGUCAGAAGUACCUGAGCGUGCAGGACAGGAUGGAGCUGGCAGCGUCUCUCAACCUCACCGACACACAGGUCAAAACAUGGUACCAAAACCGCAGAACGAAGUGGAAACGGCAGACAGCGGUUGGACUUGAGCUCCUCGCAGAAGCAGGGAAUUACUCAGCUCUACAGAGAAUGUUCCCAUCACCCUAUUUUUAUCCCCAAAGUCUGAUGUCUAACCUCGACCCGGGAGCAGGGCUGUAUCUGUACAGAGGGCCGUCGGCGCCUCCUCCACCGGUUCAGCGGCCUCUGGUCUCGAGGAUCCUCCUGCACGGUCUUCAGGGCAGCGGAGAUCCAGCAGCUCUCCCGGGAGUGAUACCGCGACACACGCCGCGAUGAACUGAUCAUCAUCCAACCUGACAAAAACCUCCAACCUCAGGAACGACAGGGUUACGCUUGGACAAUAUGCUGAAAAUAUAAACGCGCAAUAAUAGACUUUCCAAAUGACUCUGACCAAAAGGUGAAUGCUAAAUAUUUAUUAAACUCUAACCGGAAGAAGUUGUCAGAAAAUUAUUUGAUGAGGUUCCAUCACCUCAUGAACCUCCUUACUGUUUUCUGAAAGAAGGUGCUCUUCUCCUAAGAAAUGGCGUGGUUUAUUUGCACAAAAUUAUGACACAAGCAAACCAAAAUAAACGGUCAAAAAAAAA